AAGUGUUACAAGAUGUGAACCGAACAACUCGUGUGCGCUUCAAUUUUUCGCUCGUGCCCAUAUCUCUGGUCAUUUUGGAGGAAAAGUAGGAAAAUUUGGUUGCGGUUUUUCGCGAUUUUCCCGGAGAUAUUUCGACGUUGGCGACGGAGCAAAUUGUGGCUCAUCACAAAUGUGCGAUAUCGGCAGCAGGGAGUUGUAAAUCAACGGAGUAUCGCUUUGCGAAGCACAAAUCACAAGGAAGUUUCCGCAGUCUGCAAUGUGAACAGUGUGACCCGAUACCAGACGUCCAGCAAGUCCAGAGGAUAAGCAGCUUUUUGGUCGAAGUGGAGCAGGGAGAAGAAGUUCACGGCACGGUACUGCCUUUUUUCGUUUGGAAGAUCCCACGAACAGCAGACCUGUCCGCUAGGUCCUAUUUCACGUUACGUUUGGUCCGGUCUGGAAUGGAAGUAGUUGCUGGCGCUAGGAUCGCAUCCCCGUAUCUACUGCAGGUGAACGAAGCACUGCUGGGCACUUCGGAGUACGAACGAGACUUCAAUUAUAGCCGAGUGUGGGACGACGCCGACAAGCUGGAGCAGGAGAUUCCGACCGUCAGCCCGGAAGUAUCGCCGAUCGCUUAGACACACCGAUGCGAGCAGCAGCACCUUAGACACGUUCGCCAGCCUGUAGACAGAGGACAGAGCAGCCGCUGAUCGGCCUCCACCUGCCAAUUCAAACCAGGUGGUCACAUUGAGUCAAAUCACCAUCGCCGAAAACUCCACCGGACCGAGAUACAUUCCGAGAUCCGAGCUUCCGGAACAAACAGAAGGACAGUAGUAGUACAACAAGAGGACAGGUCUCCAGAACUAAACGCGCAGUAAGAGAGGAAGAAGCCACCAUGAAUCAGAAACUGAAACCAGUGGACGACCAGGAGCAGCCACCGCCGCUGGUGGUUGAUCCGGCCGACAUCCUGUACAGCAUCGAUCUCAACGGAGCGCCCGGGGACAGCAUGCUGCAUCGCAACCACCACCAGCAUCCCAGUAACAUCAACAACCGGGGCAGCUUCACCCUCAGUGAUAACAGCUUUAAGCCGACCGACGAUCUGAGCAUUGACGUUCGGGGCGUGCCCGAGUACUACCGAACGGACGACGAUAGCUACAGACCGUUCACGAUCUACGGGAACCAUGGUGGUGAUGGAAACGACAAACUGUCCGUUCUACCAGCUUCAACGACCGGCUCAUUAAGCUCAAUCAUAACGACGUCCGUGGCAUCCUCCGAGCCGGAUCGUGGUGAUCAUCGUGACGGUGGCGUUGGUGGCGGUGGUGAUGACGACGACAACAAUGUAGUGGCGACCUCUGGCGGCAAGUGCCUGGGUGGCGGGGGCCCCGGCGGACAUGGCGGGCUCGGCGAAAUCAAGCAGGAAAAGUGGUGGGAAACGACGCUGCAGAUCUCGAUUCCGUUCUUCAUCGCCGGGAUCGGCACCAUCGGCGCCGGCAUCAUCCUAGGACGGGUGGAGGGCCGUUGCGCUCUCGAUGUAGAGAUCGCUCUUAUCACCUUUCUCACCUCGCACUGGAAGGUCUUUGCCCAUGUGACGGAACUGUUCAUCCUGGUGCCGGCGCUGCUCGGCCUCAAGGGCAACCUGGACAUGUGCCUGGCGUCGCGCCUCUCGACCCAAGCAAACCUCGGCAACAUGACCGGCUACCGGGAGAUCGUCCACAUGAUCGUCGGGAACAUCGCGCUCGUCCAGGUGCAGGCCACUGUGGCGGCCUUCAUCGUGUCGGUCUUUGCGAUAGGCGUCGGCGCCGCCAUGAACGGACGGUUCCUGUUUGACCACGCGAUGCUACUGACCGCGUCCAGCAUGUUUACCGCAACGUCGUCCUGUUUUGUACUAGACUUUGUAUUAGUGGCUGUGAUUUUACUGUCUAAUAAGUUGAAAAUGAAUCCUGAUAACCUGGCGACACCGCUGGCUGCAUCGAUCGGUGAUGUGGUAUCCAUAAGUUUACUUUCCUUCAUAGCAUCACUGCUAUUUGAACAUCUAGACACUCACCUCUGGAUAACAUUUGUUGUGGUUACCUGUUAUUUUAUUCUGUUACCAUUUUGGGUAUUUUUAGUGAUUAGAAAUAAGUACACGAGGCCCGUAUUGACAACUGGAUGGGUUCCUGUACUGUCGGCACUCUUUAUCAGUGGAUUGGGUGGUCUAGUGUUGGAUACCGCAGUCGGCAUCUUCAACGGUUUUGUCGUGUUCCAGCCGAUCAUCAACGGCAUCGGUGGCAACCUGGUUUCGGUGCAGGCGAGCAAAAUCUCCACCAUGCUCCACCAGAGCUCGAUCUUCGGCAUCGUGCCGCCCCACGCGAAGAUCUUCGAGGCACCGUGGAAGGCACUGUUCAAGGGAGUUCCGUACGCCAAAACCGCUCGAAUUCUGAUCCUCAUGUCAAUUCCCGGACAGGUGCUAUUCAUCUACGUCGCCGACUACAUUCAUAUGUCCGAAUCUACGAUUGGUGCUCCGUUCGUGCUUUCCUACCUGUUGGUCAGCUUGAUUCAGAUCAUGCUACUGCUGUACAUCGCCCACGUGAUCAUCCACGCCAUGUGGAAGUGGAAGAUCGAUCCGGACAACUCGGCCAUCCCGUACCUAACGGCGCUGGGCGAUCUGCUUGGGUCGAGCCUGCUGGCGCUCGCGUUCCUGUUCAUCCAGUCGAUCGGUCACCCGUACGGGGGACCCAUGGUAGACCCGGCCGGGGUGACCGCCAUGCCGAACAGCUCGUUCAUUGCUGCCGACGGCGACGCGGGCAAUAAUUUCGCUCCACAACUGGCCUAAGUAUCUUCUCUCUGUUCUGUUUGGUUUGUUUCCGUUGUGCUCCCACCACACUUCCUCCCGAACGUUUGUUUUCCUCUUCCUCCUCCCAUCCAUUGAGGUUAGUUUUCGCGCACAAAAAAAAACACCGAUUUCCUCUCACAUACCCUCGCCAAGGAGGCGUGCCCGUAAGCAGAAACGUUGGUGCGGUUGGGGUUUAGAAGGUUCAGUUUUAAUCGUGUUACAAAUGUAUGUCGCAGACAAACAGACGAUUUUUUCAAAAGAUCUAAUAAAUCGUAGUACCACUCCGAGCCGCUUUUGACAGUGUUGGCGCAGCUAUCAAUUUGAGUUCAAUAGACAGUCAAUAUGCGCUAGUGAGCAACACAAAUUUCAACAAUUCAUGUCUGGUUGUCUGUGUACUGCACCAAAUACAAGUGCGUUUUUAAUUAGUUGAAAUAUGAUUGAUUUACAGUUUUGUUGGAACUAGUCCACCGACAGAGGAAUGUGUUUUUAAACCGUUUUAGCAAAACAAUGCGAUGGCAGCUUAACUUUAAGUACUUUUUCUUCAAAACUUUUUUUCUUAGAAAAUUAAAAAAAAUCAUGCAAUCGGCAGUAUUAACAUUGGAGCCAAUAACAAACAUACACAGACUUGAAUCGAUGUUUUCGGAAUCAACCCAAAAGAGAACUUGUUUCGAAUUAGAUGAAAAGACAAGAUUUGUAGUGCCUAUCAAACUUCCUCUGAAACAAGCAAAGAGCAAACAGCUGACAAGAAAAGAAAAUAACACUAGAGAGAACCAUACAAUCAUCACGUAGACUAUCACGACCAGACCCUUGCCUUUUCCCUGAAUCGCUGCAAAAAUCAAAUUCUGACACAGUUUGCAAAGUGAUUUGUUUUAGCAAAAAAAAAACUCAGAAAAUUUUAACCAUGAUUUGUAACACAGAUGAGACAAUAAAAUAAACCAAAUGAUUUAAUUUCAGCUAAACACAAAACAAAACUAACACUGACUACAAAAUUUUAACCAACACAGAUAAAAAGACACGCAAAUUGCAGCAAAGCACGAAGCAACUGACAGAAGUAGGAUUUAACAAAUAACCUAACAGAAAUGAAUGUGAUACUAAAUAAAGAAAAAAAAAAGAAACUGAAGCGAAAAGACGUUGAGAGGUAACAUAGAGAAAAAAAAAUAACUAAAACUCGUACGGGAAGAGAGAGUGAGUGCCAGUCGACGCGUGUGCAGAGCCGAAUAUCAGGAACGAGAAUGAGAGCAGGAAGCAAGUCUUAUAUUUUCAGGACUAUUUUGUCUGAGAGAACGCGAAAACAGGAGGGAGAAGUUGUAGACAGAGCGAAGCUGGCAACACUGCGUUGCGCAGGUGAAAUUGUUAGAUGAGAGAGGCAAACAUGCAAUAAUAUAAUCUCAAACGGAACAUAAAGUAAAAGUGAAACGAACUAACAACAACUACAUAAAACAACUGAACAAUUUAUCCUUGAAUGACGAGAGUCGUGGUGAAGGAAACCAGAACAGAAACAAGCUGUAUGUACCCCCCAAAUACAUGUCAUAGAGGGCGAUAUUUAGGUGAUUCCUAGUGAAAAGACAUCAAAAUUAUAACUAUCAGACAAAACAAAGAUCCCUUAAAUCUGGAAACCCUUAAGCUAUCAUCCAAGAACAAAUGUCAUUCAGAAUGUUUAGUAACAGUGAACUACGUGAAUAAAAACAACACACAGUAAUGGCAAACUGGCAGAAAUGUUAUAGAAAACAUGAGAAUAAACUUGUUGCAUUUGAGAAAACCGAAA